GGUGAAUGUGUCCGUGCAUGACUUUUCAUACCCACAUAAAUAAAACAGCACUAUGGCUGCUGCAGAACCCAACAUGAUGCAAAUGCAAGACAAAUCUAUGUGGAGAGCCGUUCUUUUAUCCUAUAACAAAUUAGCCGAGGACUGCUUCGUAGAUUGUGUGCAUGACUUCACCUCAAAGAAACCAAUCAAGGCAGAGUUGUCAUGCACUAACAAUUGCUUACAAAAGCACACCAGGGUGACUCAGCGUAUUGCCCAACGAAUAAGUGAAUUCCAGUUGACUAAAAUUGAAGGCAUAGCAGCUUUAACAGCCCCAAGGUGACAGAAAGUUUACUGAGUUAGACUGAAACAAAAGUAUUGUUGAAGGAAAUGAUCCAGUUUUUCACUGACAGAUUUGAGUAGAGGUUCAUUACACAUGUUCUAGGACUGCCUGAUUCUGUGAAAUCCUUCAGGCUUUAGCAGUGAAACGGAUCAACCUUAUGUGUAUGGAAAUGUUUACAUAUUUAAUGAUACAUAUAUUUUGUUUUUAGCCCACCAUCAUCAGAUUGUGAGUUAAAAACAAUGUUGAUGCUGAGAUCUGUUAGGAUCUCUUGUUUGUGUGUUUUUUUUUAGACAAAUAAGUUACCAGUACACAAUACAGGACAGUGUCAAUAUCAGGAUAUCUUUUUUGUACCAUCAAAGAAGUUUUUAGAUUUCAUUUUGCAACAUUUUUACAAUACACAAAUCAACAUAGUUGUGUUAGUUUGCUGUAAUUAAUUAUUAGAAAAAGAAUCAGUGAUUUAUAGGUAACUAUUGACUCCAGCAGAAAUUUAUGUUUGAUAGUUUAAUGUUCCAGAGCUAUUUAAAUAUUGUCAAUAAAAUGUUUCUUUGUUGUUGAAAGGAAA